AUGGGGACAAGGAUAUGGCUGAUUGCUUUCACUGCAAUGCUUCUCGUCGUUGUGCUGACGAGAGUUGCCUUCGUUUCAUCCGAUUUAGAUAGAAUACAAGCAUAUUCCGCUGUAGACUGGGAAGUUUUCAGCGCACCUGUACCAAAUAUUUCAGGUGGAGGACUUCCUCUGAUGAAGCAACGUAUGUCGCAACCAGCGUGCGACCGCUGCAACCACAGUUCGAGUAUGUGCUCUGAUUUGCGCGCCGAACGCACUUCUCUGGCUUUCGAGUGUCUUUUGAACCCAAGUCUUAGCCAAUGCGACUAUCAGUGCACCGACAUUCCAUCGUCGUCUGACAUAGUGCUGCCGGAGGAACUCGCCGAUAGUAACAUGAUGUGGCCUUCGAUGAACAACGGACAGUGGACAACAGAUCCAGAAUAUUGCCGAAAGUAUCAAAAUACAUCGCAGACUUGCCUGUUUGACAAAUACCGGUGGGCAGACGGGGGCGAUUUUUCUUCUUUCUCACCGCAAGGCGCCUGUCAUAUAUUGCACGAACACAAUAUAUCCGACCUUGUUAUAGUAGGGGAUUCCUUAGGCAGGCAUAUGUGGCAAGGCAUGAUGAUGGUAUUAUCGGGUGAUUUCAACUACAUUUUCGUCUCGAGUCCAGUGUGUCAAGGAGAAACGGCAAUUUGA